CUGGCGGUGCCAAUGUUCCUGCUCGGCCUCGUCGCCACGCCACAAUCCGCCACAUCGCGCCACGUCCUCUCGCGUGCAAGCUCGCCCACCUGCAGCAUCGAAUCGGAGACGGCCGAGACUCAGAGCGGCACUGCGCCAGCGAAACCUCCAGCCGAGCCUGGCUUCUUUGCUGGCUUCGGCGCCGCGGCUGGCCUGGUCGCCGCCCCGAUCCUGCUCUUCAGCGUUUACAACGUCGCAGCCACCGGUGGCGGACUCGAUCCCGGGCCUUAUGGCCUUCUGGGUGCUAUCGAGGGCGUGUCAUACCUCGCUGUCGUGGGCAUCGCCGGAGCGGGUCUCGUGAGCAAGGCGAGCAAGGGCACGGGGCUACCCGCGGGCCCGCUGGGGCUGCUAGGCCUUUCUGAGGGCCUUUCCUUCCUCUCGCUUCUGCUGGCGGUCCUCGUGUUUCCGCUCAAGGAGUUUGGGGUGGUCGGCGACCCGCAGACCGCCGCGGUGGAUGUGCCUGCGCUCGCCGCGGCCGUGGGCGAGGUGGUGUCGCCGCUGGUCGCGUCGCUCGUCGCCGCGGUGACCAGCGCCGUCGAGCAGAUUGACCUGCCGCAGGGGUCACUCGACGGCGGCAGUCUCCCGAACCUCUCCGCGGUAAUCUCUUCGCUCCAUCUGCCAGACAGCCUGCCCUCCCUCCCCGAGGGCCUCUCCCUCCCCGAGGGUCUCUCUCUUCCCUCCCUCCCCGACGGCCUCUCCCUCCCCGACGGCCUGCCCUCCCUCCCGUCGCUGCCCGACGGCGCGGCGCCCGAGCCCAACGCCCCGGCCGUCCCCGUGUCGCUGGGGGAGUGACGAAUGACGUCGCCAUGUGUUUUUUUUCUAUGAUCAGACUGACUGACUGAGAAAG